UUGAAGAGUUUACCCUGAGUAGCUCCCAAAAGACUGUUAUCCAUUUUCUACAACUGAAGAUAUGGUCGCUUUAAUUUAUUUCUUUGUUUUGCUGUGGGAUGAGGCUCAAGGCUGGGGAUUCAAGGAUGGAAUCUUUCAUAACUCCAUUUGGCUUGAACAAGCAGCAGGUGUCUAUCACAGAGAAGCACGUGCUGGCAAAUAUCAGCUUACUUACGCAGAAGCAAAGGCAGUAUGUGAAUAUGAAGGAGGGCAUCUUGCUACCUAUAAACAACUGGAGGCAGCCAGAAAAAUAGGUUUCCACGUGUGUGCUGCAGGAUGGAUGGCAAAGGGUAGAGUUGGUUAUCCCAUUGUGAAACCAGGGCCCAAUUGCGGAUAUGGAAAAGUUGGCAUUAUUGAUUAUGGAGUUCGUCUCAACAGAAGUGAAAGAUGGGAUGCUUACUGCUACAAUCCUCAUGCAAAAGAGUGUGGAGGGGUCUUCACAGACCCAAAACGGAUCAUUAAAUCUCCAGGAUACCCAAGGGAAUAUGAAGACAAUCAAAUCUGCUACUGGCAUAUUCGCUUAAAGUAUGGUCAACGUAUUCAUCUGAGUUUUCUGAACUUCAAUCUUGAAGAUGACAUUGCUUGCCUUGCUGACUAUUUAGAAAUAUAUGACAGCUAUGAUGAUAUCCAUGGCUUUGUAGGAAGAUAUUGUGGAGAUGAGCUACCAGAAGAUAUUAUUAGUACAGGAAAUGUCAUGACCUUGAAGUUUUUAUCAGAUGCUUCAGUGACAGCAGGAGGUUUUCAACUCAAGUAUGUUACAGUGGAUCCCACACCCAAAACUGGUGAAGGAAAAAAUGCCAGCACAAGCUCUCAUGGAAAUAAAAACUUUUUAGCUGGAAGAUUCAGCCAUUUGUAAAACAACACAACAUCAUCAAAAAAUUAUAGUAAUGGUGAUUGCAUUUUUUAAAAACUAUUUGUAUCUUUUAAAAAGAAGUCAUUGAUGCCAUCCAGAGGGACAAGGACCAAACACCUUGUUAAUGCUAACUUUUGCACUAUUUUGGUGAAUAGUGAACCAAGUGGAUGAAGAUUAAAAUCCAACUAAGAAAAUAAAAGUGAGAAGCACUAAAGAGAAGAGAACUUUAUCUUUCUAAACCCAACAAAAUCAAGAAAUAUUCUGAGUGAACAUUACUUACUUUCUUCUCCUCUCUUCCACAUACUUCACAUACAAAUGUGAGCUAUUACUAGUAUUGUAUGUUAUUUAAACCCUGCACUUUGUAAUUAGUUCAUUCUGUCAGCCCUCUUGUAUUCUGAUUUAUAGCUUUCUUUCGCUCUCUCUCUCUCUCUCUCU